AUGAAUAUUGCCAUGGAAGAUACAACAGAGCAUGUCGACGGUGUUUUAAAAACCACAUACGGCGAUGCGUUCAUUCGGGGCAAUAAUGUACUGUAUAUUACUGCGUUGGACAUCUAG